AGAAAAGCGAUCCAUUUUUCAGGGCGAGGAUGCGCGCAUCGCGAUUAGGCUGCCGCUGAACAAAACUUCUUAGGAAAAAACCGAACAGAAAGAGAGAUGGUGGCAUCUGAUAGAAAAUCUGCAACUUUUGAUGAAAAAAUCAGAUCGAGCUACAAAGUCUAAUAAAGCUGGAGUAAUGUGACGUGUGCCAUUUGUUCAAAGCCAAGAAGACUAAAGAAAGAAGCAGAAGUCAUAAUAGGUCUCUGAAGCUGGUAAAAUAGGAAUCGUGGAGGAGGGUCAGUUUGCCAGAAGCAGAAAUAAAGAAAUGCAUCACUAAUUAUCAAGUUUAGGAGUGGAAAGCCUGCUUUUCACCUCAGAGCUGCAACAGUACUAGUCUCCCAGUCUUGGGCCGAGGAGAGCGGACAGGCACGCGCAGAAGGCUCGGCGCAUUAGAAUUCAACAACUGUCAAGCCCAAUCAUGGAAAUCAAAGAGGAAAGAGCAUCUGAGGAAGGACAUCACUUUCUCCCCCCGGCCCAGGGUGAGGAUCUAGGGGAGCUCCGGUGCACAAGUAUUCAGAGUACUGCUAAUGAACCAAAGUUGGAAUUCAGCCUUGCAUGUAAAGAUCUUGUAGCCGGGGUCCGUGAUCGGAAGUUGAACACGUUGGUGCAGAUCUCAGUGAUUCAUCCAGCAGAACAGAGUUUGACGAGAUAUUCAAGCACUGAAAUUGUGGAGGGAACAAGAGAUCCACUGUUUCUGACUGGUGUGGCAUUUCCACCAGACUACCCCAUCUAUGAAGAAACCAAAAUAAAACUAACCGUCUAUGAUGUCAAGGAUAGAGCUCAUGACACAGUCCGCACCAGUGCCCUUCACGAACACAAGGAACCGCGGUCAGAAGUUGGGCGAAGCUUCCUGGGCUGUGCUUGUUUUAAAGUAGGAGAGCUGGUGAAGUCAAAGGAGCAAAAACUGACCCUUAGUCUGAGAUCUUCAGAUGGUGGAAAAGCAGUUGGUUCCAUAGACGUCAGCCUAGUGAAGAUGGGGGAGAUAGAGGAUGGGGAAGCAGACCAUAUCUCCACAGAUGUGCAGGGCCAAAAGUGUGCAUUGGUGUGUGAGUGCACUGCUCCAGAAGGGAUGAGCAACAAGGACAGCUUGCCUUUACUGAAUGCAGUGCUAAAAAAUCCGGUGUGCAAGCUAUAUAGAUUUCCCACGUCGGACAGCAAAUGGCUGCAGGUCCGAGAACAGAUGUCUGAGAGCACCCUUUCUUUUCACAUUCCAAAGGAAUUGAUCUCCCUGCAAAUUAAGGAAGACUUGAGAAGAAACCAGGAGCUCAAAGAGCUUGGAGAGCUUUCCCCGCACUGGGACAAUCUGCGCAAAAGUGUUCUUACCCAUUGUGAGCACAUGGUGAGCAUGUACCAGGACACUCUGACGGAACUCGGGAAGCAGACAGGGUCUUCCUUCAAGUCAAGCUGUAAUAAAGGAGAGAAGACACUAGAAUUUGUUCCAGUAAAUCUACACGUUCAACAAAUGCAAGUGCACAGCCCCCAGUUGAAAGAUUCUCAGUACGAUGUCAUCACAGUGGGAGCCCCAGCAGCACAUUGUCAGGGAUUUAAGAAUGGCGGACUUCGGAGAUUGCUCAAUAAAUUUGAGAUGGAAAGGAGAAACACUGGAUACCAGUUUAUUUACUAUUCACCUGAAAAUACAGCCAAGGCAAAAGAAGUUCUCGGCAACAUCAAUCAACUAGAACCUCUCAUAUCAACCCAUGCAGACCUACUACUUAAUUCUGCAAGCCAGCAUUCUCCAGACAGCUUGAAGAAUUCUUUAAAGAUGCUUUCAGAAAAAACAGAGCUAUUUGUGCACGCCUUCAAGGAUCAGUUGGUCAGAAAUGCCCUGUUAGCACUCUACACAGCCCGGCCAGGUUGUGUUCUCAAAAAGCCAACUGCACCUGGGAGCAGUGUGGAGGAGACCAGCCCCCCAGGCCACCUACCUCCGAUCCAACGACAGGACUCAAUUCCACACCACUCGGAAUAUGAUGAAGAGGAGUGGGAUAGGGUGUGGGCCAACGUUGCACAAAGCUUAAACUGCAUUAUUGCGAUGGUGGACAGACUACUGGAAAAAGACAGCAGGAGCAGCAACAGCAGCAGCAGCAAAAGCAACAGUAGCAACACUCAAGAAGGUGAAAAAGACCCUCCACUCUCAGAUCCUAUCGCAGCUCCCACAAGUGAGAACUGGUAUGAACAGCUGUAUCCUCUCAUCGUUACCCUGAAGGAAUGUAUGGCGGAAGUAGUGAAUCGGGCAAAGCAGUCUAUGACCUUUGUGCUACUUCAGGAACUCGCAUGCAGCUUGCCACAGUGUUUGAUGCUCACACUCAGAAGAGAUGUCGUCUUUAGUCAAGCACUUGCUGGAUUGGUGUGUGGAUUUAUCAUCAAAUUGCACACGAGUUUGCAUGAUCCCGGCUUCCUGCAACAACUUCAUAUGGUGGGGUUGGUUGUGCAAUAUGAAGGACUGCUAAGUACAUAUAGUGAAGAAAUUGGGAUGCUGGAGGACAUGGCUGUCGGCAUUUCUGAUUUGCAGAAAGUAGCAUUUAAAAUAGUUGAAGCCAAAUCCAAUGAUUUUUUGCCGACCAUAAGUGGCAGGCGUGAACAUUAUGUAAUAGAGGUCAAACUUCCAGCAAGGGUGUUUGAGUUGCUGCCAAUAGAGAUUAAGGAAGGGAAGCUACUACAUGUGUACCCAGUGCUCUUUAAUGUUGGAAUCAAUGAACAGCAAACCCUUGCAGAGAGGUUUGGAGAUGUCUCUUUGCAAGAAAGCAUCAAUCAGGAAAACUUUGAACUCCUUAGAGAAUACUGUAAGUUGUUUACCGAAAAGAUGCCUCCUGAUAGCCUACCCCAUUUCCAAGAGCAGAAUGACUUAAAAGGAUUACUAGAAAAUCUCCAUCAAAAUGUCCAGGCCAAAAAAAGAAAGAAUGUCGAGAUCAUGUGGCUGGCUGCCACGAUCUGUCGCAAGCUGAAUGGAAUUCGUUUUACCUGUUGCAAAAGUGCCAAAGACAGAACAUCCAUGUCAGUGACGCUUGAACAGUGCUCGAUCUUGAGAGAUGAGCAUCAGCUGCACAAGGACUUCUUUAUCCGGGCACUGGAUUGUAUGAGAAGAGAAGGAUGCCGCAUAGAGAAUGUACUGAAGAAUAUCAAAUGCAGAAAGUAUGCAUUCAACAUGCUACAACUGAUGGCUUUCCCCAAGUACUACAGACCUCCAGAGGGGACAUAUGGAAAAGCUGAUACCUAAGUUUUACAAAAUGGUCAUCAGGAACACACAACUGUUUUAAUAUGCACAUUGCUUUGUUAUGUCAUGAAUUGGGAUGGCGGGGGUGAGGGGCGUUGAAAGAAGUCUAGGAAUUGAUUGAAUUGGGUUUGAACAGAUGGAGUUAGAAAUUAAAAAUUACUGUGGGCAGGCAUUUGGAAAAAAAAUGUAUCCCCAGAGAUGCCGUGUUGAACAUUCUCUGUGCCAAAGACUAUAAAUUACUGCAUCACACGAGCCACCGUAUCUUUAACUCAGUGACAACAAUCAAUGGUACUCGGAUAAGAGCCUUUCAGACCAAACAGGUUGCUACAGGAAAACGGAAUAUACUUCAGUAAGAGGUAAUCUCCCCUAAGAGACAGAUAUGAACAGUGCCCAGUAUGAGUUGGGAAUCAAAGUUCAUUUGAAACCAAUGAAACCUUAUGGUCAUUAGGUCUUCCAGUGUCUGGUGUCAUUGGAAACAUUUGGCAUUUCUCCAUGUGCUGUUCUUCCAACCAAAAUAGAGGACAGUGCUUGCUUCUCAGCAGCCAUCAGAUCCCCUUGUCUUUUCAUUUAGGUGGUAAUCCAUCUAUAAUAUAACAUGUAAUCUAAUAGGUAAUCUAUCCUUCUCAAAGAGAGACAGUGUCACAUUUGUGUUUCAGAAGAGUUGCUUCCAAACAACCAAGGAGAGGCAGUUGAAAGGUGUUUCUAAGGGGCCGUGUCUUUUCAGAAAGCUUCCCAGAGUCUUUCUACAUGAACAACCCGUGUAUGUGUUUGAGUACAGAAUGCAUAGUCUAUUUCUUCGGUUUACUUUGAAACCACUUCCGAAAUGAAAUUUAGUAUUUGUUUCCUAGCACCCAGCAGUAACACUUUAUGAUGGCUUAAGACAGGAGCAACAAUAAUCUGAUUCAAUGUCAACUAUAGAAAGAAUUUGAGAGAAAGAUGGUAAAAGCCAAAGUAAGAGUUUUCAAGAGGCUACUGGCUCUCAGAUCUUAGAAUCAUUGAAAGGGACAAAACUCAGUGUAGUAACUAGCAAUUGCUUCCUAGACAUCAUUAUGGUACAUAAUUUUUCUUAAUGUUAUUCUCUCUUUAUUCUGGCAUAAGUACAAACAAUUAGGACACCUUAUUGAAAAUGUGCAAUAUUAUUUACAUGGUAAACUGAAAUAACUUUUAUUUUCAUUUGAAUUCUAAAGACAUUCUUGUUUUCUCAGUAGACCAGAAUGAUUAUUUGGAAAAGCAUAUAUCGUUAUCAUCUAUUAAAUAUUUCUUUGCUCUUCCAUAAACAAAAUGGAAGGUCUUUAGUAUUUUUGUAAUAGCCUAGUGCCUGAAGUAGCAUCUAGCUAUUUGCACAUUUAGAUUCAUAAACUCCUGGUAGAGUCUUGGAAUGCAAUUUAUUCUACGGGAAUGAAUAUAUUUAUUUUCACAGAAUCAUUUUUGAUCUUUGCAGCCAGAGCCAUGUAAGCCCUUUUUAGAGUUUUGAUCGAUAAGCUGAAGACUCUCAGGGUCACUUUAGUCUACCGGUUAAUGUCACCCUUGCUGAAUAUUUCACAGCUACAGGAUAUCCUUCCUAACAGAAAGUUGGAUCCAACCAAUUUUUUAACCAAAUCUUAUUGACCUUUUCUCUAAUGCCCCAGGCUCUCGCAAGAAUGUUGAACUGAAAUCAUGUGAAGGCAUUACAUUUCUAUGGCUGGCAGUUAUUGUAGUAAAUCUCUGAGAUUUAAAACAUAAACCACCGCUAUAUUUUCUAGUACCAUGCACGUAGCAUGGUGUUAUAGUCCAGGUUCCAAAGGCCUUAAAAAAUUAGAUCAGCUUAAGAAUGCUUUACUUAAUUUUCUUUUUAAAAUAGUGAAACUGUAUUUCUGUGAAACCCGUGCAAGACCUAUCUUUGAAAAACUUUUAUUUUUUAAAAAUCUACUCUGAUAAUUUCAUCCCAAAUUCUGACCACCCAAUGCCAGUUGUACAGUAACGCAUUUGGAUUUCAAGCAAUCUCUGAAUGUUCUGUGGUUACUUAGACUAGUAUGAUGUUUUUUCAGGUGGGGUCACAUUUUCUAGGAUAGAGAAAACAAAUUUAAAAAGAAAAUUCCAAACUUCAGCAAUUGCAUUAUACUAUAGUUGAUAGCCAUUUCAAACUCUUUCCCUCCUCAGAAAGCCUAUUUCUUGGAUUCAGACUUCAAGUGGAGAAGUAAAUCCCAAGUAGAAUAUUUUUAAAGCUGUUCUUUCACAGCACUCCCAAGUAGUACUCUGGUCUGCAUUUGCAAUGAGGCAGUGCAUCAUUGGAUGAAAGGAUGCCAGAUGACAUCCCUAUUUCCUUGCUUAUUAUAAGAGGUGAGGUUAUGUUUUACACUUCCACUUCUCAGAAUACACUCCAAACAAAGCUACGUUCAUUUACGUUUUGAUGGAGAAGGAGAAAGUCAUUUCUUCUUUUUUCCCCCAAAGUAAAUCAAGAAGGCUUCCAGAAACAAGACUCAGAGCACUAAUAAUGAGACAGGUUACACUUUGUUUUUACAUAGCACCUUUCUCCCAAAGAACACAAAGUGCAACUUGUGUUAAUAUUUCUGCUGUACUCAGAUUGGCACUCAUGCCAUUUGUGCUGACAAAGUGUUAACUUAUUUAAUGUUGUGUAACCAAAUACAAUUCUUGUAAAAUCAUCCCUAAAUUACUCUACUGCAAAAUGUGUUUAGGAUUGAGUCAUCUGCCAGAGAAAUGAGACUCCUAAUCAGGGGUGAGGGAGAUGUUUUUGCUCUGUCCUGGAAUGGUAAGAGGCCCUGAUGGAGUAUUUAUUUAUGGUUUCAUUGUUAUUUUUGUCCACCAUUGAAUGAUCACAAGAUAGUGAUCAGCUUAGACACUUACCCUUCUCUGAAUUCUGUGCAAGGCAAGUAUUAGCUGUAUAGAUUUGCAAUGAGCAAACUAGCAAUAUAAGCACAAAACAGAAGCCAAAAGAUAUUAGCUGAAUCAGAGCAUUACUGAAAGUUCUUUUUAGUAUGAAUUUUUAUGUUUGUAUUUUUGGCAUUUACUAAAAUUAGGACAUUUUAAAAAACAUUAUUCUGCCCAAGUUCCAAUAAAUACC